GCAUUCAAGGCCAGGCUGGACGUGGCUCUGGGCAGCCUGGGCUGGUGGUUGGCGACCCUGCACUCAGCAGGGGAUUGAAACUCGAUGAUCUCUAAGAUCCUCAACCCAGGCCAUUCCAUGAUUCUAGGAUAAAUGGGGGAAAAGAGCCUAACCCCAUCUACUCUCUGCCCCAUCAGGCUGCAAACGGAUUAUGGACAAAAUGAAAAACAGCCGGCUGUACAUUGGGAUUGUAGUGCUGGUGAGCAUCACCACCACACUGGUGAAAGUGCUCCACCGCCCACCUCGCCCAGAAAUUUCCAAUGUGUGCCCCAACACCUGGGUUGGUUUCCAAGGGAAAUGCCAUUGUUUUUCCAACACGAAGAGUGACUGGAACAGCAGCAGGGAGCACUGCGAGCGCCUCAGAGCUUCCUUGGCCACCAUAGACACCAGGGAGGAGAUGGAAUUCAUGCUGCGGUACCAGGGCCCGGCAAACUGUUGGAUUGGGCUGCACAGGGAAGAAGGGGACGAGCGCUGGACAUGGGCCGAUGGCAGCGCCUUCACCAACUGGUUCCAGCUGCGAGGCAGAAGUCAAUGUGCGUACCUGAACAGGGACAGGAUCAGCUCAGCCCUGUGCCUCACGAAGAAGUGCUGGGUCUGCAGCAGAGCCAACAAGAAUAACCUCUGUAAGAAUGGGACAUAUCCACAGUGACAGAUCCCAUCCACACUGAACUUGUGUCAGUGCUGCUGGGCACUGCGAAGCCAUCAGUGUGUGCUGGGAUCUGCCUCUUUCCAGCACUUCUGCACUUGUUCCUACAUGGAACCACCCAGCUCUGCUCCUCGUUAUCUGUCUGGAAACAUGUAUAAUUACACUGUGCCUUAAAGGGAGGAUCCUCUAAGGGUCCUUAAUGGUCACAGCACCAUGGAACGAUACUGUGCUGCUGAGCCAC